AUGGACAAAAUCUAUAGUUGCAAGAUUUGCUUUAGGAGCUUUGGCAAUGGUAAGGCUUUGGGAGGUCACAUGAGGUCUCACGUGAUGAGAGAGAAAAGGGCUUUAAAAUACCGCGACGGCGGCGGCGACGACGAUCAGAUUGAGUAUAGUUCCGAUAAUAACAAAAACGAGAACGGAAAUGAGAAAAUCGAGAUUCCGGAUCGGGAAAGCGAAUCCGGACCGCCGUUGCCUAAAAGGUUCCGGAAAUCCGAGGUAAGUUUCGAUGAUUCCGAUGUUGUCGGAAAUCUUACCACGGAGGAGCACGUGGCGCAUUGUUUGAUUUUACUAUCACGCGACCGCCGCGGCGGCGGCGGGAUCGCGCGGCGGAAGAAGCAACACACGUGCCAAACGUGUGGCAAAGUGUUCGAUUCUUACCAAGCACUUGGAGGGCACAAGGCGAGUCACCGGAAAGUCAACGUCAACGCCGGCCGGCCGGAGAGAAUCCACAAGUGUCCGUUUUGUCUUAAGAUUUUCGCAUCCGGUCAGGCCCUCGGGGGACACAAGAGGUCGCACUUUGUUGGAAGGACUUGGAGUCCCGCUACUGUUAGCACCGUUGGAUCCACAUCGGACGGUGGAGGAUUGCUGGACAUUGAUCUGAAUUUACCUGCGCCGGUGGAUGACGACAGCAACAGCCAGAAUGCUGCUGCCUCGGCAUUGACUGACGUCAGCAAUGCAUAA